AGAGUGGUUCGAGAACGGGACGAGGGAAGACUGCUUAAGGAAGAGGGGACAUGAUAACAAAUAUUAAUGCAUUAAUUAUGACAUUGAUAAUAACGACGAGCUUGCCAGGGUUUGGCACUAAAGUAUCGUUACGCACAAUACAGGAUUUGUUUUUGGUGUGCGUUUCUCUUUUAGAAAACGUAGACUUCUAAGCAGGUUUGUACAACUCUUCCUGUUGCGAACUAGGUGGAUAUCAAGUUCUUAUUGAAAAUACAUACGUGUACAAUUGAGACAUUGUAUGUCACCACCGGGUAAGACAGCAAAUAUGGAUACAGUUGCGCAAACAGGUGCGGGAUUUGUUGACAGAACGCAUAGAAGUUUUGGCCAGGCACCGUUAUUCGUGCUCAUGGUUUAGGGCGAGUUGGUAAGCUUUGCAACUUGUCGUAAAGCACGGGGUUCUCAGGACUAAAUGCGCCUUUCCUGCUAUUCUUCUCCUCUUCUCAGCGCUUCCUGCUUAUGGUGGCCACCGCACUUCAUGGCUAAAAAUGCAGAACUCAAAAUGGACAGCUAAACGGAGUUGAACUCUUCCGUUGGGUUAUUAUUGUCCAAUGAUCUGGAUAUUCUACAACCACCUGAUGCUCAUUUUGGUAUGAUGUGAUCCAUCCUGUGUUCUACACGGUCGUGGUUUUGCUAUAGUUGAAUAAGUUCACCUUUAUUUCAUAUCUCAAGAAGCAGCACCUAAUCAUUGGUCAAUAUGUGACAAUUUGUGCUAUAGUAAUAGAGUAAUUAAGUGAGCUAUGUGCUCAAACCAUGCAUUGAGAAACCACACCACAUCAGUCUAGUAGAAAUUUGUUUUAUGGAGACAAUUCUGCCUUUUUACACAUUGGCACACUUGGUAGGACUGGUCACAUCCAUGGCCUCUGUUUGAUUGUUGCCAGCUCUAAUGGAAACAUAUGCAGUCCAUGUCAGGUUGCAUGAGAUACAUUUUUUAUCCUGUUGUCUUUGAACACGGUUGUGUUCCUGUUGGCCAGGCCUUUGAACAAAUUUCAUUGGUCCCUGAUGAGCCAACUAGACACAGACGAACAGGAGAGAGGCACAAUAAAGUACAUUAUUGUACUUUCUUUUCAAAACCAUACAGAAUCAAACCCAGGGUCUGAACAUCUGCUCGUUGUGGCUCCAUGGAGCCGCUGAAGAACAUUUUUACCCGCGGCCCACUGUCGAACUGGAAAGGUCUGGAACAAUCACAAAAAGGGACCUUCACCAAUCCCGUGUGGACGGCUUUAUUCGACUAUGAGGCGUCCGGUAAAGACGAGCUCACCCUCCACAAAGGUGACCUGGUGGAAGUCCUGUCACUGGACUCUGAGAUAUCCGGUGACGAGGGCUGGUGGGCGGGCAAGGUCAACAACAAAGUGGGAAUCUUUCCCUCGAACUAUGUCUCCUUCAAGCCUCCUUCAUAUGGGAAACUGCAGGGCAAUGGAGUCGGCGUGGUUGGGGAGCUUGGGCCAGCCGUAGUGGGGGUGGGGGAGUUCGAACCCGAGGCUGUGGAUUUCAGGGAACUGAGCCUCGAGGAGGUCAUUGGGGUCGGCGGCUUCGGCAAGGUGUAUCGCGGUACGUGGAGAGGUGGGCUGGAGGUGGCCGUGAAGGCGGCCCGCCAGGACCCAGACGAAGACAUCAGCGUGACGGCCCAGAACGUGCGUCAGGAGGCCCGGCUGUUUGCCAUGCUCACUCACCCCAACAUCAUCGCCCUCAAAGGGGUUUGCUUACAGGAACCCAACUUGUGCCUCAUCAUGGAGUACGCAUCUGGUGGCCCGCUGAGCCGAGCGCUGGCUGGGCGCCGCAUCCCGCCGCACGUCUUGGUCAACUGGGCAGUACAGAUUGCUAGAGGGAUGCUCUACCUGCACACAGAGGCCAUCGUUCCUGUCAUCCACCGUGACCUCAAGUCUAACAACAUCCUCCUGGCCCAGCCUAUGGAGAAUGAUUGUAUGGAAGGGAUAACUCUGAAGAUCACAGACUUCGGCCUGGCACGGGAGUGGCACAAGACCACCAAGAUGAGCACUGCGGGCACCUACGCCUGGAUGGCACCGGAGGUCAUCAAGUCCUCAACCUUUUCCAAGGGCAGUGACGUCUGGAGCUAUGGUGUUCUAUUGUGGGAGUUGCUGACAGGGGAGGUUCCCUACAGAGGGAUAGAUGGUCUGGCAGUGGCCUACGGGGUGGCAGUUAACAAACUCACCCUCCCCAUCCCCUCCACCUGCCCAGAACCCUUUGCCCAGCUCAUGGCAGAGUGCUGGGAUCAGGACCCACACCUUAGGCCCAACUUUGCCUCCAUCUUGGUUCAGCUAACUGCUCUUGAGAGGCAGGUGGUGGAGGAGAUGCCUCAGGACUCCUUUCAUUCCCUACAGGAGGACUGGAAACUGGAGAUCCAGGACAUGUUUGAUGAGCUCCGAGCCAAGGAGAAGGAGCUGCGUUGUCGCGAGGAGGAGCUGAAGCGCGCGGCGGUGGAGCAGAAGUCUCACGAGGAGUUCCUGAGGCAGAGGGAGCAGCAGCUGGCCCAGUGGGAACAGGAUGUGUUUGAGAGGGAGCUCAGUCUCCUCAUCCUGCACAUGAACAACCAGGAGAAGCCCAACGUCAAGAAGAGGAAGGGAACCUUCAAGAAGCACAAGUUGAAGGGCAGUAAGAACGGAGAGAAGAUCAGCAUGCCACAAGACUUUAUCCAUAAGAUCACUGUCCAGGCGUCUCCGGGGCUGGAGAAGAGACGCAACUCUCCCGAUCUGGGCACCGGCACCUCUCCCUCUUUCGGCCCACGCUUCCGAGCAAUCCAACUCAGCCCUAGUGAGAACAGCAGGGCAUUUGGUCUGAGCUCCAUGUGGCCCCUAGAGGCCCCUCCACACAACAAGCAGGCCAACGGGGACCGGCUGGGGCCCCACUGGAGGCCCCAGAGCCCUAAGAGCCCCAAAGUCCUGCGCCUCAGCCCACAGGAGAGCAGUCUUUCAAUGAGAGCCAAGCUUCUGGACAUGGACAGCAAUGAGAACGGAGAAUCCAAGGAUGACUUUGAGGAGUACAGACCCUCCACCCCUGUCCAAAACGGCUCCUCGGUGAAAGAGCCCCCAAGGCCUACUCUACCUCAGGGGGACUCUGGCAUCGAGGAGGGGGUCUCCCCGGCCGGCUCCCCCAGGCCUGAGCACCGCUCCCUGGGAGGCUUGCUGAGGAGCACCCACCGGGCCCUCCUGGGCGGCGGCUCCCUCCUGGCCUCUGUGGCCCUGGGACGACACCUGGACGUGCCUCACAUCCCUCCCAGGGUUCCCCCCCGGACUAAUCCCCCGCCCCUGGACCACCACCACCUUCUGCAGGAGGUCCCCAUCACGGCCCUCAAAAUCCCCUCCUCGGACCCCCCGGUGGUGGAUGACCUUAUCUCCUUCUCCAACUUGGAGCACCUCCCCCGGCCCCUCUUUGACUUCCCCUGCGCCCUGCACGCCCCCGGGGUGAAUCCCCUGCCCCUCACUCCACCUCCGCCUCACCGCCGGGAGAGGGCCUGCCACAGGCACGCCCAGACCCCUCAGAGCCCCCGGAGCCCCCAUUACCAGGUCCAGAGGCAGGCUAGCCCAGCAGACUGGGCCCCGUCCCACCACCACACCAAUGGGGAGGCAGGCUGUGACGCCUGGGGCCAGGGGUCAGACAGGAGGAGGAGGUCCAGCCAAGGCCUGCUUUCUGCCUCUCAACUAGGCCUGGACCUCCCCAUGUGCCAGGACAGUCUGGAGUCAGAAGACAAUCCCUUGUCGGUCCCCUUCUCCCUUUUCCCUGACCCUCGCCUCUGGAGCCCCAAAACACGUCGCCUGGAGGUCAACGUCAUCCCCCGCCCGCGCCCCUCCCCCAUCCGACCCCGCAUCGACCCCUGGAGCUUCGUCUCUGCUGGGGGCGGUGGCGGAGUGUUCGGUGGUGCCCGCAGCCCUCGACGGUCAGAUAGCCACCCAUUGGGGUACCAGCCCUCGCCCACCAACCCCUUCACGAACUGUGACCCCUUCCCCUCCCCGGACUGCGACCCAUUCUCCCUGAGAGCCGACCCAUUGUCAGGCAUUACGACCGACACGCCCUCGCCCUUUGACCCCUUCUCGCCACCGUUCCCCACCUCCCGCUCGGCGCCCUGCUCCACCAACGGGUCCCCAACCCUGCCCACGUUCCGGGUGGCGCCACUGAACCCGGCUGACUCGCCGCUUAUCGACCUGGGCUGGGCGGCGGUGUGUGGAGUCGGGGUCAAGCCCCUGGAGGUCACCAAAGAGAAGACGCGACCUGGGAGGACUCUGGGACUCAAGCCCUUCAAGUCCCCCACGCAACCCAGAGACGAUCGCUUCUAAACUUAACCUCCAACCCUGACCUUGCCUUUCUCAUAGCACAGAGUUUAUAGAAGUGUUUUUUUUUAAGGAAUGCGGCCCCCAGCCCCCUAAAUGGACAGGUACAGGUUGUGUAUAUCCUGUGUUAGGAAUGAGGAGGAUUUGGAGUCCUAUUCAAAACAAAAAUGCACAUGACACUCAUGCAUGUCCCCCUUUAGGGGAAUUGUGGGAAAUGGGGUGUCCAAACAGUGGAGUGGUUUCGUGUUGCCUUAGAAACCAACAAGGAAGCUAAGCCUGCCCGCCAUCUAGCUCCGUGACAAUGGUUUGUGGGAGUGGAUUUCUGUGCACAACAAACCAACGUCUGAUGCCCAUUUCAUUCCAGAGGAUUUCUCUCUCACAUCUAUUUUGAAGAGUCCGAUCGGUGAGCUUCUCCAGACUCAAUCAGACGUCCCUCUAUCGCUUCCACUCGUGUCUCUCACUACUUUUUGAAGUGUGUGGAUAAUACGAAGCUGGAAACAGCAGCUUGCUUUAUCUGUGGCUCUGAAAGCAUUCAGGGCCUUGGACAUUUAGAGUGCAAUUUGCUUUAUAAAGCAUUUGAAAAGGUUUCUGGUCUUGAGUGGUGAACCUACUUCAGAGCCUAUUUUCUAUGAUUUGGCUUAAAGGUGCAAAGGACUAGGAGCUAAGUGAAGCUAGGUGCAAGAUAUGACGAUGAUUCUGGUCUUACCCUCGACAAACAAACAAACAAAUUCUCAAGCGUGUUUGUCUCUCUGCAAUAAAUAACAUGUGAUGGGUCUAUGUGAGAGAGUACUCCAAGUAUGGCUACAGAGGUGCCAUAUCAUCCAAUCGAUAAUUCCUUAGAGAUCCCCUGGAUAUUAAAGCCAAACAAACCCAGGACCCAGGCAUUCAAAACAGGAAAAAGAUAACAUUCUGACCACAUUCCCAAAAUGCGACUGAUUUAUUUUGGCAGGUCAGCAGGCGACAAAGCCUGGUGAGACUAGAGGCGCCUCAAAGCACAUUCCGUUCAUGUGGCAAAGAAUGUGACUGCUUCAGCCCACAGCGUUAUACAUGUUUGCCCUUACAGUAUGGCAGAGUGGUAGGGCGCAUAACUAUAGCCCCUCCCCCAUUUGUCCAGUAUUAUCUACCAGGAUUGGUUCUGUCCAGUCCAACAAGGGAAUACUGUUAAAUCUUGAUUGGAUGAAAUCCUGGAAGUAGCAACUUAAGGAGGAUCACUGACUAUUACACUCAUUUCUUAGUGACUAAUUGGCACGUUAGAAGGGAAGCUACAGUAUAAUAGCCUGCAAACAAAUUGAUAUCGUCUCACAAGAAAACGUGCCAUUAGAAUCCAAUGGCUGUUUCGUUCUAGGGGAAGAGAGUUUACCCAAGUGGCAAGCUUUGUAAUUAGUCUUAAUGACUGUGCUGACGAACUGAGUGAUAAUAUUAAUUAGGAUUGUGAUAAGGACAGGGUUAAUUUAUUAACAUGGAGAUAUUUGCCUAAUUGAUACAUUUCCCCCAACAUAAAGUUUAGACUAAAUGAGUCGGGUUCUUAAAAGGGAUUUAAGCAGUGCUGUUCGAUAUCGCAUCCACGAUGUCCCCUUUUAAUGCGAUUCCAGAUGAUACAGAAGCCUGCCCCCUUUAGAGCAAUGCCUCAUUAUAAGGGUUUGGAGUUUUUCCUGACCAAUGGACAUGACCAGGGGAUCAGAGUUCUUCGUUCCUGAUCAGGUCGCGUUACAAAGGGCCCAGAGUACUUUGUUCCUGGUCAGGUCGCGGGACCAGGGGCACAGAGUACUUCGUUCCUGGUCAGGUCGCGUGACAAAGGGCCCAGAGUACUUCGUUCCUGGUCAGGUCGCGUGACAAAGGGCCCAGAGUACUUCGUUCCUGGUCAGGUCGCGGGACCAGGGGCACAGAGUACUUUGUUCCUGGUCAGGUCGCGGGACCAGGGGCACAGAGUACUUCGUUCCUGGUCAGGUCGUGUGACAAAGGGCCCAGAGUACUUCGUUCCUGGUCAGGUCGCGUGACAAAGGGCCCAGAGUUCUUCGUUCCUGGUCAGGUCGCGUGACAAAGGGCCCAGAGUUCUUCGUUCCUGGUCAGGUCGCGGGACCAGGGGCACAGAGUUCUUCGUUCCUGGUCAGGUCAGAUGGUCAGCAGAGACUCCUAGCCUUACCCACCACUUAUAUCCCCCUUCUCAGGUCAGGCAAACUGCUCCUCUCUUGAUCCAAAGAGAUUGGGUCUGUUUUCGCUUCACGCCAUUGACUACUGACUGGACUGCAUCUCAACCUAUAAGGUGCCUCCCCUCUCUACCUCUCCCCCUAUGUGAUGUGCACAUAACUACUUAGAGACAUAUCAUCUUUGAUCUUUGUCAUUGUUCUUAUUGAGAUUUGUUUGAGAGGCAGGUGUGGCCUGAGACUACAGUAUAUGUCAACCCCAAAUCGGUCUGUCAUCAUUUCAUAUCCGAUAUAGAACAGAAAGUGAGCAUUCAUUCCAGGCGAAGAUACAUGUACUAUGGAAUUUCAAUUGUGAUUAUUGGAAAUAAACAGCUAGCGGCG